AUGUCUCUGCGGCUACACGAAUUCAGCGAAGGUGCUGACUGGUCGUCAUGGAUCGAACGCGUGGCAUUCUACUUCGAAGCCAAUGAAAUCACCCAACCCACGAAGAAACGGGCGUUUCUUCUAAGCCAAUGUGGUGAGCGGACAUAUCAGACCAUACGAGCUCUUGUCCACCCUCGACUUCCAGCCGAAGUGGAUUAUGCCGAACUUGUGGAAAUUCUGAGUGGACACUUCGACCCUAAGCCUACCGAACUUCUGGGACGCUGCAAGUUCCACAAACAGGAUCAACUUCCCUCGGAAUCUAUUUCACAGUACGUGACGGAGCUUCGAAGUAUUGCGAAGGAAUGCAACUUCGGAACACCAGCAGCGAGGCCUUUGCAAACCCCUGCAGAGUCAGGCGAUGCAGUAGCCCGGCCGGCCGACCCCGUUCCAGCUUUGGACACGCCGCUACCGCUCAACGUAAUGUUGAGAGACAGGCUGAUUUGCGGAGUUCGAGACCCAGCGCUUCAACAGCGUCUACUCACAGAACGGAACAUUACCUUCGAACGCGCUCUGGACCUAGCCUUGGCUGCGGAAUCCGCUUUAAACCAGCAGGCCCAAAUCAAAGGAAUGGGGGACUCUCAGCAAAUUAACGCAAUGGCCAAGAAGGUUCCCACUAAGAAGCGGAAGAAGGAUCGGCAACAUUCUCAGCCAUGUUUUCGCUGCGAGGGACAGCAUGAUCCAUCGGGUUGUCGAUUCAGGGACGCCGUUUGCCACUUCUGCAAAAAGAAAGGGCACAUCGAAAAGGCCUGUAGGUCCAAGAAGUCACAGAUGAAGGAUCGGACAACAAAUCAGUUGCAGCCAGAGCACGAAGACGUUACAGUACCGUCAGUCUACACGCUGCAUAACGUACGCUCCGAAGUAGCUCCGAAGAUAACCAUGGCUUUGAGGCUCAAUGACGUACCACACGUAAUGGAGGUAGACUCAGGCGCCGCUUUUUCGAUUAUUGGCGACGACACAUACAGGAACUUAUGGCGUACUCGACGUCCAAAGCUUCAGCCAGAACCAACAACUUUGUCAACUUGGUCGGGCCAACCGUUGACACUUCUGGGGAAGAUCUCGGUUACCGUUCAGCUGGACGACAGCACGCAUGUUCUACCCCUACGAGUAGUGAAGGGAGCUGGCUCAUCUCUCUUAGGGCGCGACUGGUUCCAGUACCUCGGAAUCUCCGUCAAGGUCAACCAGAUGCGCAUGGCCGAGACAGUCGAUACUGUACUGGCACAGUAUUCGGACGUCUUCGAUCCGGCUUUCAACGGACACAGUGGCACUCCAGUGCACAUCACCAAGAAACAGGAGGCUUCACCAAAGUUCUUGAAAGCUCGGCCUGUACCUUUUGCACUCCGGGACGCGGUGUUUAAGGAACUCGAGAAGCUCGAAACACAAGGUAUCUUGGAACCUGUGCAAGCUUCAAGAUGGGCUACGCCAAUUGUGAUCGUUAGAAAAAAGGAUAAUACUCUCCGGAUUUGCGGGGAUUACCGAACGACAGUAAACGCAAGCGUGGAAUUUGCGUCGUACCCGCUGCCAACGAUAGACCACCUUCUGUCAACGUUACGAGGAGGAAAGUUUUUUCAAGAGCGGACCUGA